AUGGCAUUACUAAUUCCAGGACGUCGUGCUCCAGGUAAAUACAUAGAUGUCUAUUUAGAACCUUUGAUCGAUGAGCUUAAGGAACUAUGGGAAAAUGGUGUACAUACUUUUGAUAUUAUCAAUAAAGAAUAUUUUACCAUGCGUGCUGCAGUAUUUUGGACGAUAAAUGAUUUUUCAGCAUAUGGUACUAUAUUUGGGUAUAGCACUCAAGGAGAGUAUGAUGGUACAACUGAAAGACGUCUGCCUCCAAUAAUUUUAACAGGAGAUGAAAUCUUAGAUAAAUUAAAAGGUGUGUGGAAAUGUAGGCCAGGUAAAAAUGAUAAGAUCAUUAAGGACGAUAAGCAACAAAUGAAUGAUGCAUGUUAUGAAAACAAAACGAACUGGAAGCGAAAAAGUGUAUUUUGGGAGUUAGAAUAUUGGCCUAAAUUAAAACUAAGACAUAACUUGGAUGUGAUGCAUAUUGAGAAAAAUAUAUGUGAUAGUGUGGUUGGUACAAUAUUUAGUAUCGAUGGGAAGUCUAAAGAUACUGAAAAUGCAAGACUUGAUUUACAAGACUUAAAUAUUCGUAAGCAGCUACACAUGAAAAAGAAGGGGAAUAACUGGGAAUUAGGUCAUUUGAAAAAAUAUGUAAAGAACAAAGCCCGACCUGAAGGCUCCAUUGCUGAAGGAAAUGUUAUUAUUGAGGCAUUAAAUUUUUGUUCAAUGUAUCUUCGUGGAAUAGAAACACGCUUUAAUCUUCCGGAUCGUAAUCCUGAACACCUUGGAAUUAGAAAACAAUCUACCAUAUCUAUAUUCAAUGUGCCUACAAGACCAUUUGGAAGACAAUCAUCUAUCACAUUGACUCAAGAUGAACAAAGCCAAAUACAAUGUGAACAUAGAUUAUUCUUACAAUCAAAAGGAAUUUUGGAUAUUGAUCAAGUGCAAAAGAAUGAAUUUUCAACUUGGUUUGAAAAUAAAAUAAAAAAAAUGAAUGAAACAUCAUCCGGUGAAGCACAAGAAGAUUUGUAUGCAAUUGCAAUGCAACUAGAUUAUUUGGUUGAAGUUGAAUAUGAUGGAAAAAUAUGUGAUUUUUACGGUGUCAUCGAUGAAAUUUGGGAAGUGCAUUACCUAUAUUGGAACAAAGUUAUAUUGUUCAAAUGUUCUUGGUACAAUACCAACGAAAGUGAAAAUAGAAUGUACACUGAAUAUCAUUUUACUAGUAUAAACACCAACUCAAAAUGGUUUGAAGAUGAACCAUUUGUUAUUGCCAAUCAAGUAAGUUCAGUUUUUUAUUUGGACGACCUUAAAAAAAAUAAAGAUUGGAAAGUUGUGCAGAAAGUAAAUCAUUGGCACAUAUGGGACAUACCAUCAAAGCCAGAGGAUGGUGAAGUUGAUGAUGAAGAUCCCACUAUCAUCAAUUCUGAAGCAUAUCAAGAAGAAUCGUCGAAUGACAUUGAUGCAAAUUUUGAUUCAACGACAAAUCAUAAUGAUCAAGUUCAAAACAAAAUAAACAAUGAUGACACUGAUGAAGAAGCUUUACUUAAUGAUUCCGAAGAAACAAUUUUGAGUGAUGAAAGUGAUUAA